CCUCCUCGCCGCUGGAAGUGUGGUCAUCGUCGUGAUGGUGGCGGCAGCGUCUGCCGUGGCCGCCGCGUCCUUCGUGUCCUUCGCGUCCGUGGCUGCUAUGGCGGUGAUGGGGAUGGGGGCCAGCGCCUCCUCGGCCACCCCAGCCGCCGCCCCAGCCGCCGCCCCAGCCGUGGGCCGAAUCCAAAGGGGAAGCCCGACUGCUGCUGAGGACCGGCGUGGUCGACACCGUAGCCAGGAGCUGCACGGUUGUCAGAGCCCAUGGACUGCAAGAAGUCCCAGAAGGGCUGUCCGAGGCCAGGAGGGGGGUUUGGAACUCCGUUCCAAGCCAUGGUCACGGUUUAUCCGUUUACUUUGUAACUGCUGAAAUAGGCAGUAGGUAGGUGUUGUGUACUUGAUGUACAAGGUAGAGAGGCGGUGCCUGGAAUAGGUCGGGUAGUUAAAGAGUGUAGAAGAGAGUCGGUUGUUGGUUGCUGGGGGUGGGAAUGGA